UACCGGAAAUGUGGUUUCUGUUUUUCUCCACAGCUUCCGUCGGCCUAUUCGGCAUCAAGCUACUCUCUGGUGUUAAUUUAACUGUCAUUUGCGACAGCAGUGGAUUAUUUAGGGGAUUUUUGUUUUGUUUUAACCCAUGUGUGAGAAUGGAUGUUUGUGGAGAGCGAAGUUUGUGUUAUCGUUUUUAGUGUGGACUGAGUCACUGAUGUGGCUUCUUCAGAAAAACUGCCUGCUUCAGGCUAAUUUUUCGGUAUGGUAGUGAAAGGGGAAACCACUUUUCAUUUAAAGUGUAAAAUAAAAUAUAAUAUUGCCAUUUUGACUACGUAUAUUUGAAACUGUCUGGUUGGUGGAAGCGCUAUCCCCCGCAGUAGUGCAAUUGCACAGUUAGCUGGGAAAUGCUAAAACUGAAAAAAAAAAAACAAAAAAAAAAAACAACCAGAAUGUCGAAUGAUAUACGUAUGUUAGCAAAAUUGAACGUUAGCCGCUUUGGUAUGGCUAGGGUUUUAUCAACCACCAUUUUAGAGUGAUGAUAAAUGUAAAAAUGACACGCGUGUAGUAGUGGUAAAAGAGUAGUAGUUGACAGUAAGUUUAAGUCCAUUUCAAUAUUGAAGUUGUUUGUUAUUUGGUGACCUGACUGUAGUCUGACCAUUUUCACGGUAUUGUUUUUAUGACAUUGAGUAACUUGUUUUAAGGUAAAGAUGGGCUCGAGUCACCCACAUACAGUACUGUAUAAUGACUCAUUGUUCUUCGACUGGUAUCCAGACUGUAGGCCACAUUUCAGUCCAACUCUAUUAAAAGGGUUCCUUUAGUCCUGUGUUGUCAAAAUCCACCCUGUAAGACCUGGUCCUUUAUGACAUACCAGCUGUCAAAUGUAAACUUAUAUUUAAUCUGCCAUUGUGUUUUGUCUUGCAUUUCACUCGGAGGGGUAAUAAUUAUUGAAAUAACAAUGUUCUGUUUAGGACAUCGCAGAGACUUCAUUUUUACAUUUUAAAAAAUAACAUUAUUCAAAUAUUUUAGCCCUGGCAGCUAUGUGUCAUUUCUAAUAUACAUUAUUUGGUCCCACAAUAGGACAAGCAAGAGAAGGAUCAACUCAUAACACCAGAUGUGGGCCACUAAAAUUGAAUGAAGACAGUUCAACGAGUACUGGUAGCUAUUUUAAAAGAAAGUAUUCCACAGCUUUACUUAAACAAUAUUUUAUAACUGAUUUAUGUGUUCCUUCUGUGAGAAAAUUGAAUUAACAGCACAAUAUGACAGUAAAUUUGUUUUGUUUUUACCUCUCAAUCCACACAGGUCACAGUCCUGUUACCUUGCAAUCAAGAUUUCCAAUACAGUUUUUCAAAUGAAAAUGGAGGAUAUGCCCCUGUCAGGCCCAGACAACACCAAACUGGAGGCCUUGGUCCAUGACAUCUACUCUGAGCUGGUGGAAGAUGCCUGUUUGGGCCUGUGUUUUGAAGUGCACCGUGCUGUGAAACAGGGUUAUUUCUUCCUUGAUGAAACAGACCAAGAAAGCAUGAAGGAAUUUGAAAUUGUGGACCAGCCAGGGGUGGACAUAUUUGGACAGGUGUACAAUCAGUGGAAGAACAAAGAGUGUGAGUGUCCAAACUGCAAAAGAUUAAUAGCAGCAUCUCGCUUCGCCCCACAUUUGGAGAAAUGUCUUGGCAUGGGACGCAACAGCAGUCGAAUCGCCAAUCGCAGGCUGGCCAGCAAUAACAACAACAGCAAAUCAGAAAGUGACCAGGAAGACAAUGAUGACCUUAACGAUAAUGACUGGUCAUACGGAGCAGAAAAGAAAGCCAAGAAGCGAAAGUCAGAUAAGAAUCAAAAUUCCCCAAGAAGAUCAAAGUCUCUGAAACACAAAAAUGGUGAUCUCGGGAAAAGCAUCAUCUCGGAGCCCUACAAGUACAACUACAACACUGGCAUCAGUUAUGAAUCGUUGGGUCCUGACGAAGUAAGAUCUCUUCUGACAACGCAAUGUGGGGUGAUUUCUGAGCACACCAAAAAGAUGUGCACCAGGCCGUCACUGCCUGAUGCAGACCCAGUGGUGGAGAGUGACAGCUUUGACAUUCCAGAGGGACAGACCCUGAUGAACCAUCCACAGUGGGAGGACUCCCCGGAUAUCUCGCCCACUGAUUCUGCCUCGUCCAAAGCCAGCACCAACCAUUCAGAUUCUAGGAAGCUUAAGAAGAAAAAGAGAAUGACUCUUAAUUUAAACAGCGGAGUAGGAGCAGCAGCGGCAGCAGUGGUGGGAGGAGGAGGUGGAAUAGGAGGAGUAGGAUGUCUGGCCAGUGGCAGCAGCACCAGUGGCGGCAGCUCUCAGAGCAGCAUCAGUUUGCCGAGCAAAAAGAAGAGGCCUAAACUUUCAGCCGCUUCAAUUUCAAGUACCUAUCAUGACUUGAACUAGCAACUUGUGACUAUGACUGUUGUUUCUCCAGUUGUUCCUACAGUUGCAGGUCUGAGCAGGAACAAAUUAACACGACAUAGUAUUUUAAGCAUUCUGCCUUAUCAAGAACAGGCAACUCUUUUAUUUCUGAUACUUCCCCCUGUUUUAAAAACAGAAAUGUAAAAAGCUGGGUCAAACUCUAUUCGAAGUAUGUGACGGUACUUAGCUGGUAAACAUGUCUUUAAACAGCCCCAAAAUUUCCUCAGUAAUGUUGGCACUUUUGUAACAUUCUCCAGUGACAGUAGUACUGUAGUGAAACUGAAAUGUUUUUAUUUCAGUCUGUUAAUUAAUGGAAAAGAUGGGAGGAUUAUAAGCCGUUAUUUUAUUUUUGCAGCCUUAUCAAAAUUCAGUCGGUGACGUCAUCUUUUGACUAACUUUACCGCUAAUAUCAUUCCGACUAACAAAGCGCCGUACAUGAUCUUUCGGGUGUUCGAAGAGCAGAUCAGCUCAUGACCAAUCGGGACUUUCUGUGUCGUGGUGAAUGAUUGUGGGCUUUUGAACCAUGUGUUCUAAAUAAGAUGUCAGGCCACAGAGAUGGAAUCCAUUUUGCCACAGCAUAGUAACAGGAACCUUUGAUAAGAGAAAUAAUUGAAGUGGAUCCUUCUGGCAGUGCAUGGCAAGUUCGUUACCAUGACUCUUUCUUCAGUUGUAUUUCCAGGGUAAACCCCAACGUGGCAGUGGUAACGAGUCAGGUCGUAAGAAUGCUAAGUUCACAACCAGGGAACAGCUUGUCCAGUCGUCUGUAAGUUAAAGUUUUUUUUUUGUUUGUUUGUUUUUUUUUGGUGAGACCAGAAAUGACCUUAUUUUCGUUGACCAAAUGUUUUAACUCAUGGAUUAAGUGAGAUGUGGCAAAAUGUUUGCCCUGUCAUUUUUAAUUAAUUUUUUUAAGGGGGAGUGUAACGGAAUACGGCAGGUUCUCCGACUUCCCAGUCUGUGCUGCAGCAGUAACCUGCACUUCUUGUUCUCCCCAGUAGUCCUACCUGUCUAUCAGGGACCAAUGUGACUGAAAAUAUUUGCACUUCCAUUAAAAAAAACAUAGUUGUGGUUACUUUCUUAAGGUUGUAGUAAUAGGAUAAUAAUAGCACUCAAGUGAGCCAUUUAUUUUAAGCCCACCUGGUGCAUGUUAAAAAUCCUGCGUUGAUCAUUGUCCUGAACAUUUUUGCAGUCGAUGCUGGAGUCAGUCCAAGCUUAGGUGAAAGUCAGGGAAAUCUCGCACCGCUUAUCAAUACAACUUUUUCAUGUCCCAUACUGAUAUCAGUCCGAUACCUUUUUUUCCUCCUUCAGCACGUCGCGGGCUGCUGUUGCUGAAGCCAUAGUGUCUCUCAGUACAGCAUGUCACGCAAAGUUGAGUUGAGCAUUUUGGCUCAGGUACUGGAUCUGAUGGGCUGUAGUUCAGAACUAGGGAGCCAUUCCUAAUUCCCAGUCACAGUCACAUCUGUGGUGUGGUCAAUUUAGCGUAGUACAAUAUACAAGUAGUUAAAGUCAGAGUUGCUGCUCUGAUUAGGACUGAUUCGAACACUUUGGGCUGUUGUUGUUAACGUAGAAACGUCAGUUGCUCCUGACCUGUCCUUCAUUCUGACCUUUGUGCUCAUCUCUCUAUUGUGAUGAAACACAAACAUGGACUGCUUAUAAUUUAACACUUGACAUGUGGGGUGUUCAUCAGUGGCUUUUUCAUUUGUAGCAUUGUAUUGCACAGGUGUGUGUGUGUGUGUGUAUCUCAGUAUCAGUAUAUGUUGAUAUUCAGCCGGAAUGUCACGUGUGUGAGGGCGCAUAAUGGAACAGUGGGUGUGUAUGAGAAUAAUCACCUUUAUUUCUCAGAACUAUGCAUCUUGGAAUGUGACAUUUGGAAAUACUUCCCUGUUUACAUGCAUUUAUUUAAGUUUUUAUAACUGCCUGUAUAUAAUGAGUGGGUAAAUGCAGACUUUUGAUGUUUAAAUGAUCUGUGUGGGUUUUGUUUUUUUUGGGGGGGGGGGGUGGUUUUAGUGUCAGUGCAGCUCUGCGUUUUAUUCAGGAAGAGGAGUACACUUGCAUCUUGUUUAUGUAGAAGAAAGAUGUCAGGUGUAAAAGGUGAAACAUAGGAAAAAUAGCUUUAGUGUUCACAUGCACUAUUUAAACUUAAAUGUUGUAUUUGCAGCAUUACAGAAGAAAAAAUAAUGUACAUUUUUGGUGGAUUGUAGAAAGAUAGGACACAGCUUUUGUUUAAAAAAAAAAAAAAAAAAGUAUAGUUAGAACCAUGUCAACAGGGUAAUGGAUGGAUUGGUAACAUCCAGACUCUUUAGUCAAAGUAAUUACAGUUCAGUCUUUUGUUGUUGUUAAAGUACCUGUCACUUUUUAGAUAGAAACAGCUCUGGAGUACUUUUCUUUUUUGAAAUAUAUUUUUUGACGUAGUACAAUUGUGCAUAGAACAAGUUUUGUUUGAAACAUUAAAAUGGUGGUUGUUUUUUUCCCCCACUUUGUCCUUUUAAGUAGAAAAUGUCUGAUAAUUUUCCCCUCGGGCUGUGCUCUUAGUGAAGAAUAUUGUAUUUCAAAACAUGAAACUGGUUUAUUUUUCAGUGUCUACAGUAAUGUUGCCUGUGACCUUUUGAUCCUUUUGCACUGAAGGUCAAUGAACAGUGGAGUUGCUUUGAUGGAUGUCAGUCAGUUUUUGUAAAUGUCUUCUUUCUGCCGCUCGUUGUGUCUCUGUGCGAGUGUGAUGUCAGAAUAUUGUGUCUGGAACCUGACGUCUUCAAUAUUUUCCAAGCACAAGGCAGUGCUUGUGUGGUUCACUUGUAUCUGUAGAGAAUGUGAAAUGUACAGUAAGUUAUUUUUCUUUACUGCUGUAUAUUUGUAUAUAAUAAACAAACCACACUCACAGACCACUGGGGCAAUGUUGGUUUGAAAUGCUUUAAUCUGAGACAUCAGUGAAGCCAGAGCAGUCCAGCAUUAUCAGGAGGUUUUUAUAAUAUCAGCUCUCCAAAUCUCAUAAGUGCCAGAUGCAAGUUCACCGGAAUCAUCCUUUUUUUUAUUUACAGAAAAUAUAUAAUGUAUUUACAAUAUCCUCUUGAAAAGUUUCCUUUGAAUAACUGGUCAUUUAAAUUAGCCUGUUUCUGAAUUAGACCUUUCACAGCACUGCGGCAGCUGUAUACAGCAUUAUUCAUUCACAUAUUGCAAAAAAAAAAA